AUGUGGAUACACUGCACUGACUUCACCAGGUCCAGGAAGCUUCCGAGCGACUCAUCGCCAGUCGACGGAAUCUUCGCCGCAUCGGCCAGCAGCCUCUUCCUGUUACGCAUAUCGGUGUCAACACUCGGGCCUGCCAAGCCGCCCUCUCGACUUCCCCCUGCCCUUGUUGUCUUGGGCCGUGUGCCAGUGGCAGCAGAUCCUCCCGCACUUGGCGGAGAAGCUCGUUCCGCCAUGCCUUGAAAACCCUAACUAGGGUGUGUCGGGAGACUGAGAGAGAGGGAUGCCGCGCGAGAGCGAACACUGGUCACAAGAACGCUGCUGUGCUGCUUUGCCUUGACGAAUUAGCAUACGUAGUGCCAGCCCAAAGCAGAAAGUGCGGGCUGAUAACUGCUGUACACGCAACCUUGCAACCUUUGAAACAGCGUACGCAUACCUUGAUAUUUGAUACCUUUCGCCAGGGGGACGUCGGUUGGGAGCGUGUCAACAGGUACAUGUGUAUUCUCGAACCGGGAGUCGGGCGAUCUGGUGGGAGCUGGUGCUGGCCACCAACGCAGUCGCCGUCGCCGGCCCAACACGGAGAAAUGAAUGAAUGCGACAUCGAGUACCCCCCUUGCGAGUGCGAUGAUCCAAUGGAAGGUUCCUUGCCGCUGGGGAUGGAAAUGAGACCCAUGGAGCCCGAUGACCUAGUGGAGGUGAAGCGAUUGCACGAGCAGUGCUUCCCAGUCCGCUACGACAUGGCAUUCUACGAGAACGUCGUCCGAGGCUUCAUCACGCGAGGGAAAGGAGACGUGGAGGAGCCUCUCUACACCCAGGUGGCUGUGGUGCCUUCCCCCUGCGACGGCUGCUGCGGGUGGUCCGGGGGCGAUAGCCACACCGAAGAGGGCCCAAUGGACGGAGACAGCUCGGGCAAAUCAGAGACCGGCGAACACUCCCGACGAUAUCCCCCCCACGGGGGUGACGUCAGCGGGUGCGGAGGCGCAGCAGAACAGGGUUCUGCCCCUGGGCAGGGGUGCAGUGUGACGGAGCGCGAAGGGAGAGCAACCCCGGGAUCGAUAUGCCCGCUGGCUGACGCCAGGGGCGAAAGCGACGGCAUUCUCGAUGAGGGAGGAGCGGGCGUGUGGCGAGAGAGGCGGGGGAACAUCGUCGGCCUUAUUACUUGCCAGGUUAUGCCUCUCAGUCGAUGUAGAGAUCAGGAUCGAUUGGGGCUCAACACGUCGUAUGGGGGGCGAGGUGGUGCUGCGCACAGCGAGGUCGUCUACAUCCUGACGCUUGGCACAGAGACCAGCUACCGAAGACAGGGGAUAGGACGCGCGCUGCUGCGCCGGUGCGUGUGGCUGUCUAGGCAGGAAAAAUCCAUCGGAGCCGUCUAUCUCCACGUCAUUACCACCAACCCUGCCGCACACCGGUUCUAUGAGUCCGAGGGCUUUGUGCAAGUGUGCUGCAUUAACGACUACUAUCGAAUAAACGGAGAGCUGUACGACUGCUACCUGUACGCGCUGUUCGUUAACGGCGCCCAACCUCCGAGAGAGUGGGGCUGGGGCAUCCAGAGCCUUUCUAGGCGGCUUCUCUCCAUCAUCUCCUUCUUUCGGAGGACCCUUGGCCAGGUGCCGGAAGAGGGAAAGCUCGCUGCGGCGGUGGCGGCCGCUGGCGGCACGUCCGACCUGGAGCAGGAGCAACAGGAGCGAGGGCCGGAAGACAUGGAGCAAGGCGAAGAGAGCCGCCGAAUGAUUUCGCCGUUCGCGGCCGAGGCGGCUGCUACGGGAGCGGCGGCCGCCGCUUACCGAGAAAGCGGGGUCACCAGAGGUGGCGGCGAUCAAUCAUCGGCUGCUGCUGCUGCUGCUGCCGGGGCGGGCACUCCUCUGCACCCCGCUGGAAGAGGGUUCGCGAACGGACCUCAGGGCACCCCCGCAUACAGGGGUAGCGAUGGCGCCCCCCGUAUCGAUUCGCUUGUGGGGAGCAAGACGGACACCGACUCGGUGCACGGAGGACCAAGAACACCGACUGUGACGAUGUGGAACGCGGUGUGUAUGGGUGCGUGGGGACGGGCUGGGGCGGAGGACCGUUGCGCCGUGGACGAGGUUGGAGGCGUUGUCGAGGUGGGACCGGGAGGUGUCUACGACGUGUCUUCGAAUGGCGGUGACAACCGACAUUGGGGUGGGCGUGGGCACAUACCCUAACAAGAAUCGCGUUGACUUGUUUGAGAUUCCCACGUAGGCGGAGGCGCUCUUCCCCGCCCCCCGGUGCCACCGGACGCUUGCGUCGGCGCACCGUCAGAGUUUCUAGGUUUCGUUUUCGUCGUGUUGAGGUGGCGUGGUGGAGGUGCGCGGAUCUCUGAGAUUUUCGUCGCUGACAAGGAACGGUGCGCGUUUCUUUUACGCUGUGUGUACAAAUGUCACGAGGGUGUGAUGAAUUUCCGACAAUUUUGAAUCUCCGAAAAUGCUGCGAGGGUACUACGACAGCGGUAGGCGUCUCUUAUCUUCCCUUUGCGAAGAUUGGACCGGCGUAAAUCAUGUUGCAGCGCUCCGGAGUGUACGAAAAUGGACCCCUGAGGCCUUCCAACUGUGUUGGUGAGGUUGUCAGCAAUCAUCUAUUAGUGGUCAAGUGUCGAGACGCGGGGUUUUUGCCCAUUUCCAGACUCUCGCGGGUCGCUUUGAUGAUGAUGUGAUGAUGCACCAGGUGCUUGAUGCCUCCGUCGGGGGGAUUUUGAAAUCCUGGACGGAUAAAAGGUAAUACGUUGUUUUGGAACAAAGUGAGACAUUUCGAUAUUUUGACCAUGGCUGGCGACGCUCACCGUCCAAGCAAUUUCGGCCAACCGGAACUCAGCGGCACCUAUAAAAGGCAAAAGUUUCCCCCCUUUCAGAAGCCUCGUCAGUGUGUCGAAAGUGUGUUGCGUUCUUCAGGUGCGCAUCUACGCGAAGUAACCUUGCGAUCUCGCGCCACGCGCGAGAGGUCAUUAGUCAGGGACAUCAUCGGUACAG